GCGCAGCCUUCAUAAAGGACGUCUCUCCAGGCACUACGUUAUUUUAUUCUUUAUUUUACAGAGGGAGCGGAGAAGCGGCAAGAAGGGCGGUGCGAAGUAACGGCAGAAACGUCACAGCCAGUUGGUUUUGUACGGGGCAAGCGAGUAGGAGAUCAUGAGAAAACUUUAAAGGCACAUAAGGAAGGCAAGCCUCAGAAACUGCUGGAAAUGAACGGGCAUAUGCCGGUGCCGCAUUCCUACGACUAUGAUCUCAUUGUCAUUGGUGGGGGCUCAGGUGGUCUGGCAGCUGCCAAGGAGGCUGCCAAAUAUGAAAAGAAAGUGAUGGUGCUGGACUUUGUCACACCUACGCCUCUGGGAAACUCAUGGGGUCUUGGAGGAACAUGCGUAAAUGUGGGCUGUAUUCCUAAAAAAUUGAUGCACCAGGCAGCUUUACUGGGACAAGCCUUGCAAGAUUCACGCAAAUUUGGAUGGCAGUUUACAGAAGAAGUCAAACACAACUGGAUGACUAUGACAGAAUCUGUUCAGAAUUACAUUGGUUCACUGAACUGGGGCUAUCGGGUUGCACUGAGAGAGAAGAAAGUCACAUAUGAGAAUGCAUAUGGAGAAUUUGUCGGGCCACACACAGUUAAGGCAACAAAUAAAAGAGGAGUUGAGAAGCUGUACACGGCUGAGAGAUUUCUCAUUGCCACUGGUGAACGACCACGCUACCUGGGUAUACCUGGAGACAAGGAAUACUGCAUUAGCAGUGAUGAUCUUUUCUCUCUGCCUUACUGUCCGGGGAAAACCCUGGUGGUUGGAGCUUCCUAUGUUGCCUUGGAAUGUGCAGGAUUUCUUGCAGGUCUUGGAUUAGAUGUCACUGUAAUGGUGAGAUCCAUCCUUUUAAGAGGAUUUGACCAGGAUAUUGCAAACAAAAUUGGCGAAUAUAUGGAAGAACACGGAAUCAAAUUUAUUAGGGAGUUUGUGCCAAUCAAGGUUGAGCAGAUUGAGGAAGGAACUCCUGGAAGAUUGAAAGUUAUAGCCAAGUCCACACAGGGGAACCAAAUAAUUGAAGGGGAAUACAAUACUGUCUUGCUAGCAAUCGGAAGAGAUGCAUGCACAAGGAAAAUUGGUUUGGACAAAGUUGGAGUGAAGAUCAAUGAAAAAACAGGAAAAAUUCCUGUCAACGAUGAGGAGCAAACAAACGUGCCAUAUAUCUAUGCUGUUGGAGAUAUACUGCAGGACAAGCUGGAACUCACACCAGUGGCAAUCCAGGCAGGAAGAUUGUUGGUUCAAAGGCUUUAUGCUGGGGCAACCAUUAAGUGUGACUAUGUGAAUGUUCCAACCACUGUAUUCACUCCUCUGGAGUAUGGAGCCUGUGGGUAUUCUGAAGAGACUGCAGUGGAGAAGUUUGGGGAGGAAAACAUUGAGGUGUACCAUAGUCAUUUCUGGCCAUUGGAAUGGACUGUGCCAUCCAGAGACAACAACAAAUGCUAUGCGAAGAUAAUUUGCAAUAUUCAGGAUAAUGAGAGAGUCAUUGGUUUCCAUGUCCUUGGUCCAAAUGCUGGAGAAGUCACCCAAGGGUUUGCAGCUGCUAUUAAAUGUGGGAUGACAAAAGAACAGCUGGACAGCACCAUAGGAAUUCAUCCCGUCUGUGCAGAGGUAUUCACCACUCUGUCCGUGACUAAGCGUUCUGGUGAAAAUACCCUUCAGGCUGGAUGCUGAGGUUAAAGACCCCCAUUCUUGUUAUUGCCAGAGACUGGCUUUCAUCGCAGUGCCUGACUUGUGCAAUUCAGAAGAAAGGUUUUGAGAGAAGUCAUCCUCGGAUGUCUGCAGAAAGGUGUACAUCUUAGCCAGAGUGUUCCCUCAUCCUUAGGAGACAAGCACUGUUGGAGUCGGUCACUUGCGGUGAUUGGCUGGCAAUUAGCAACGCAAUGGGAAUAUUGACUAUGGAGCUGUUGUUUAGCAGGGCAUUGAACAAAUGCUUUCAUGAAGUCAUAGCCUAAAGCCUGCAUUGUCUGGUGGGCAGUGAUGGAAGAACUG